AUGUUAGAUGCUCACUAUGCAGCUCAAACACGUCUUGGUGGAGGCGAUUUGAAGAUUGUUGUGUCGGAGAGUGGAUGGCCGUCGUAUGGUCAUCGGGUAGCAACACCGGAAAACGCAGCAACUUAUUAUCAGAAUUUGAUUGAACAUGUGAAAGAGGAUAAUGGGACACCGGCAAGGCCUGAAAACUCUAUAGAAACGUAUUUGUUUGCAAUGUUUAAUGAGAAUUUGAAAGAAGGAGAUGAGUCUGAGAGGCAUUUUGGGCUUUUCUUCCCCGAUCAAGGAUCCAAGUAUGAACUAAGCUUCUAA